AUGAACUGUUCGGUGUUUUCGAUCAAUUUACCGGGACAGGUGUUUCUCCCAGGAAGCGUGCAAUACGCGGCAAGCAAAGCCUUGUACUUUGCAGCCUUUGAGAACGAGAUUUCCCCUGCAUGCUUCAUUCAGCCAAACAGUACUGCAGAUGUUGCAGAAGUCAUCAAACAAUCUCAGUUGGAUAGAUCGGUCAGCGCUGCUAAGCUUGCUAUCCGAAGUGGUGGGCAUACCUCAUGGGCUGGCUCGGCAAACAUCCAAAGUAGGAUUACGAUUGAUUUGUCAAGAUUGAUUGAAGUCACACUGAACUCAAAGAUGAACAUUGUAUCCGUCGGUGUGGGUAACUCAUGUGGCAACGUCUACAAAUUUCUUGGUGACAAGGGACUUGCUAUUGUCGGUGGAAGAGUAUCUACUGUUGGUGUCGGGGGAUUAACUUUAGGCGGUGGCCUGUCGUUUUUCUCUGCAGAAACAGGAUUCGUGUGUGAUAAUGUGGUGAACUUCGAAGUUGUCUUAGCAUCUGGGGAAAUAGUUCAAGCCAAUGCCACUUCCCAUCCUGACCUUUUCAUUGCUAUGAAAGGUGGAUCCAAAAACUUUGGCGUUGUGACAAAGAUUGACUUUCGGACAUUCGAGCAGGGCCAAAUGUGGGGUGGUUCUAUUUUCUUCGAAAAAUCUGCAUACCCUUCGCUCAUCCAAUCCUUUUACAAUUUUGCCACCAAUCCCACGCCAGAUUUGAAGGCACAUGUGAUUGUGUCAAGUGACUGGAUUGGAGGCGGAACAGGAGAGUCGGCCACGGCAAAUCUUUACCAUACAACCCCCAUUGCCGACCCUCCAUCAUUGAAGCCUUUUGCAGAAGCUCAGCCACAGCUUCAGAGUACUCUACGCAACGACUCGUUGCUUGGAUUCACAGAAGAGCAGUCCGCCUAUGCUACCAACGGUGAUCGACAAUGGUUCUUCACCACAAGCUUCAGGCUUGACGAGCAACUUAUGCUCGACAUCCAUCAACUGUGGCUAGAUGCAGUCUCAGGCAUGAAUCAGACAGGCCUUUCAAAUGCUCUUGUAUACCAGCCCGUCAUCAAAAGCCUCAUAUCCAAUUCAUUGAAAGCUGGUGUCAAUUCCCUCGGCCUAAAUGUAUCCGAUGGACCUUUUGUUGUUUGCCUUCUGAACGCUGUAUUUACAGACUCGAGUCUCGAUGAUACAAUCUCCGCCGCAAUGCUUAGAUUAGUUGGGGAAAUUGAUUCAUUGGCUGCCAAACGAAACUUGAGUUCUGAGUACAAAUUUCUCAAUUAUGCGUUCAACAGCCAGAGUGUGAUUGGAGGUUAUGGAAAGCAAAGUAUCGCCAGAUUGAAGAGUACAAGCGAAUUGUACGACCCAACACAAUUCUUUCAGGAAAGGGUUGCAGGUGGUUUCAAGCUCACUAGUGCAGAUUGUUAA